CUUUCCAUCCAGUGCCGCAGCCGGAAAACCGCAGCGGCGGCGGCGGCUGAAGGGGAGCGACGCGUCCGGCUACGGGAGGGGUAGCGGAAAAUACGAGGACAAGCCCGAUAAGGCAGGAGCCGAGGGCCUGUGAUUUGCGGCCUCCCCCAGGCCGCUGCCUUGGCCGCGAGCUGCGCCGAGGAGGCGGGCGGAGGCGACGGGAGCGCCUGAGAAGCGCCGGGCCGCGGGCGGCUUGCGCGCUGCAGCGAUUCUGACGUUUUCCGCGGCGGGUCCCGCGGCCCGAGGGGCGGCCGUGAGUGAGGCGGGGCGUGCGCGCUCCACCAUGGCGGGGACACUGUCCGCGACGUGAUCGUCCAGGCUGCCCCCGCCCGAGCAUUCCGGGCCCUAGCAGCCGCCACCCUCCUGCGAGCCCGUGUGACUAAACGGAGACAAAGGGGAGGCGGCGGGGCAGACCGGGACCGGAGCGAGCGCGGCCGGAGCGAGCGCGGCCGGGUGCCGCCUCACGUCUAUGCCCGGGGCCGCCGCGGCUCCCGCGGGCGGCGGCGGGCUCGCGACGAGCACAGCUGAGCUUUUCUGUGCCCGGCACCCGAGAGGGCCGCGACCGGCGCGGACGAUCUGAACUCCCUUCUCCGCCACACCAUGUGAAGGCCGUCGUCCCUCCAUCCCGACCAGCCGCCUUGAAAGAUGGGGGAUGCUGCAGACCCGCGGGAGGUGAGAAGGACGUUCAUUGUUCCAGCCAUCAAACCCUUUGACCACUAUGACUUCUCCAGAGCCAAAAUCGCCUGCAAUCUGGCCUGGCUGGUGGCCAAAGCCUUUGGGACAGAAACUGUGCCAGAGGAACUUCGAGAACCAUUUUACACAGAUCAGUAUGACCAGGAACACAUCAAGCCCCCUGUCGUUAACCUGCUUCUGUCAGCGGAGCUGUACUGUCGUGCUGGCAGUCUCAUCCUCAAGAGUGACGCUGCAAAGCCCCUCCUGGGCCACGAUGCUGUAAUCCAGGCAUUAGCACACAAAGGCCUGUAUGUCACUGACCAGGAAAAACUGGUAACUGAAAGAGACCUCCACAAGAAACCCAUACAGAUGAGUGCACACUUGGCCAUGAUCGAUACUCUAAUGAUGGCUUACACUGUAGAGAUGGUCAGCAUAGAGAAAGUAAUUGCAUGUGCUCAACAGUAUUCAGCUUUUUUUCAAGCCACAGAUCUGCCCUAUGAUAUCGAGGAUGCUGUCAUGUACUGGAUAAAUAAGGUAAAUGAACACUUGAAAGACAUAAUGGAACAAGAACAAAAAUCUAAAGAGCACCACACGGCUGAAGCUCCAGGAGGUCAAAAGUCUCCUUCCAAAUGGUUUUGGAAACUGGUUCCAGCUCGUUACAGGAAGGAGCAAACACUGCUUAAGCAACUGCCUUGCAUUCCAUUGGUGGAAAACUUGUUGAAGGACGGCACGGAUGGCUGUGCGCUGGCUGCCCUCAUUCACUUCUACUGCCCUGCUGUUGUCCGACUAGAAGAUAUUUGUUUGAAAGAAACUAUGUCUUUGGCCGACAGUCUGUAUAACCUGCAGCUGAUUCAGGAAUUUUGCCAAGAAUACUUAAACCAUUGCUGCCAUUUCAGCUUGGAAGAUAUGCUUUAUGCUGCUUCGUCCAUAAAGAGUAAUUAUUUGGUGUUCAUGGCAGAACUCUUCUGGUGGUUCGAAGUUGUGAAGCCUUCCUUUGUGCAGCCUCGUGUUGUCCGUCCACAAGGAGCUGAGCCUGCGAAAGACAUGCCAUCGGUUCCUGUCUUAAAUGCUGCCAAAAGAAACGUCCUGGAUAGUUCUUCUAGUUCUGACUUCACCUCCAGAUAUACACGUCCCCAAACUCAUUCUUCAGUCUCAGGAGGAAUUAGAAGGUCUUCAUCUAUGUCUUAUGUUGAUGGCUUCAUAGGAACAUGGCCUAAAGAGAAAAGAACAUCUGUACAUGGCGUUUCAUUUGAUAUUUCUUUCGAUAAAGAAGACAAUGCCCAGAGCUCCACUCCAAACCGAGGAAUCAUCCGCUCUGUUAGUAAUGAGGGGCUCAACAACAGUCGGGCAUCCAAACACAUUAGGAAAAAUCUGUCCUUCAAGCCAGUGAAUGGAGGAGAAGAGGAAAGCAUUGAAGAAGAACUUCAUGUCGACCCUCAUGGGGACCUCAAAUCUUACAUGCCUCUCAGCACAAAUGAACUGAACUCUAAUGAGAAUACUCACCACAAGCUCCCAAACGGGGCUUUACAAAAUAGAGUGCUUCUAGAUGAGUUUGGGAAUCAGAUUGAAACUCCGAGCAUUGAAGAAGCAUUACAGAUAAUCCAUGAUACUGAAAAACCUCCUCAUACAGCGCGGCCAGAUCAGAUUGCUAAUGGCUUCUUUCUUCACGGUCAGGAUCUGAGUCUCCUGAAUUCAAAUAUCAAGCUAAGCCAGUCCAGUCCUGAUAACAUAACUGACCCAAAAGGCGCCUUGAGUCCCAUAACUGACACUACAGAAGUCGACACUGGAAUUCACGUUCCUUCAGAAGACAUUCCCGAAACCAUGGACGAGGACUCUUCCUUGAGAGAUUAUACUGUUAGCUUAGACUCUGACAUGGAUGAUGCGUCUAAAUUUCUUCAGGACUAUGAUAUAAGAGCCAGCAACCCCAGAGAGGCCCUGAGUCCCUGCCCAAGUACCAUCAGCACCAAGUCUCAGCCGGGGAGCAGCGCCUCCUCCAGCUCUGGGGUGAAAAUGACCAGCUUCGCUGAGCAGAAGUUCAGGAAGCUGAAUCAUACUGAUGGGAAGAGUAGUGGGAGCAGUUCUCAGAAAACUACCCCGGAAGGCUCAGAGCUGAAUAUUCCUCACAUGGUUUCUUGGGCUCAAAUUCCAGAAGAAUCGGGUGUUGCCCAAGGCCGGGACACUACACAGCUGUUGGCGUCUGAAAUGGUGCAUCUUAGGAUGAGGCUAGAGGAAAAGAGACGUGCUAUAGAAGCCCAGAAAAAGAAAAUGGAAGCUGCUUUUACCAAACAGAGGCAGAAAAUGGGAAGGACAGCGUUCCUAACUGUUGUGAAAAAGAAAGGGGAUGGGAUUUCUCCUCUCCGAGAGGAAGCAGCAGGUGCAGAAGACGAGAAAGUAUAUACUGACCGAGCCAAAGAGAAGGAGUCACAGAAAAUGGACGGGCAGAGGAGCAAGUCCUUAGCAGACAUAAAAGAAAGCAUGGAGAACCCUCAGGGCAAAUGGCUAAAGUCCCCAAGCACGCCUGUUGAUCCCGAGAAGCAGUGGAACCUGACAAGUCCCUCAGAGGAGACUUUAAAUGAGGGAGAACUUUUAGAGUACACAAAGUCCAUCGAAAAGCUGAAUUCAUCCCUGCACUUUCUACAACAGGAAAUGCAGCGCUUGUCCCUUCAGCAGGAGAUGUUAAUGCAGAUGAGAGAGCAGCAGUCUUGGGUGAUCUCACCUCCGCAGCCCUCUCCACAGAAGCAGAUCCGCGAUUUUAAACCUAGACAGGCAGGCCUGUCGUCAGCUGCUGCACCGUUCUCAGCAGACUCCCCACGCCCCACUCAUCCGUCUCCGCAGUCUUCUACCAGGAAGAGUGCAUCUUUUUCUGUUAAAAAUCAAAGGACUCCAAGGCCAAAUGAAUUAAAAAUAACUCCUCUGAAUCGAACCUUGACACCUCCUCGGUCUGUGGAUAGUCUUCCUCGGCUAAGGAGGUUUUCCCCGAGCCAGGUUCCCAUUCAGACACGGUCGUUCGUAUGUUUUGGUGAUGAUGGAGAGCCCCAAAAAGAGCCCAAACCAAAAGAGGAGAUUAAAAAGGAGCCUUCAGAGUGCAAAGGGACUUUGGAAUCUUGUGACCAUAAUCCUGGGGAGAAGGAGGUUAAACCUCUUGAAUCAACAGUGUCUGAAGUGUUGUCACAGCCCAUCACAGAGACUGUGUGUGUGACACCAAAUGAGGACCAACUGAAUCAACCCACAGAUCCUCCGCCUAAGCCCGUUUUCCCACCUACUGCUCCUAAAAAUGUCAAUCUGAUUGAAGUUUCUCUGUCAGAUUUAAAACCCCCUGAAAAGGCUGAUGUGUCUGUUGAAAAGUUUGAUGGAGAGAGUGACAAGGAACAGUUUGAUGAUGACCAGAAAGUAUGCUGUGGCUUCUUUUUUAAGGAUGAUCAAAAGGCAGAAAAUGACAUGGCCGUGAAACGAGCAGCUCUGUUGGAGAAGCGAUUGAGGAGAGAGAAGGAAACUCAGCUUCGGAAGCAGCAGCUGGAAGCGGAGAUGGAGCAUAGGAAAGAGGAGACGAGGCGAAAAACUGAGGAAGAACGUCAGAAGAAAGAGGACGAGCGGGCACGGAGAGAAUUCAUUAGGCAGGAGUACAUGAGGCGAAAGCAGCUGAAGCUAAUGGAGGACAUGGACACAGUAAUCAAGCCUCGGCCUCAGGUGGCAAAACAGAAAAAACAGCGGCCAAAAUCUAUUCACAGAGAUCAUAUUGAAUCUCCCAAAACACCAAUCAAAGGCCCUCCAGUCUCUAGCCUCUCUCUGGCAUCGCUGAACACAGGUGAUACCGAGAGUGUUCAUUCAGGCAAGAGGACACCAAGGUCAGAGUCUGUAGAAGGCUUCUUAUCUCCAAGUCGCUGUGGCAGUCGGAAUGGCGAGAAAGACUGGGAAAACGCAUCCACGACCUCUUCAGUGGCUUCUGGAACAGAAUACACAGGACCAAAGCUUUACAAGGAACCUAGCGCAAAAUCCAAUAAACACAUAAUACAGAAUGCAUUAGCUCAUUGCUGUUUGGCUGGAAAAGUAAAUGAAGGUCAGAAGAAAAAAAUAUUAGAGGAAAUGGAGAAGUCAGAUGCCAACAACUUCUUAAUCUUGUUCCGGGAUUCAGGCUGCCAGUUCAGGUCUUUGUAUACUUACUGCCCAGAAACUGAAGAAAUCAAUAAACUGACUGGGAUAGGCCCUAAGUCUAUCACUAAAAAGAUGAUUGAGGGGCUUUACAAGUACAAUUCUGACAGAAAACAGUUUAGCCACAUACCUGCUAAAACCUUAUCUGCUAGUGUGGAUGCCAUUACCAUUCAUAGCCACUUGUGGCAGACCAAAAGACCAGUGACACCCAAAAAACUCUUACCUACUAAAGCAUAGGAGGCAGGAGAGGCUUGCUUCAGAACCUCUGUGGUAAAUUUGUACUUCGUCUUUCCUGCCUAUAGAGAAUCUUUCUAAUUGCCAACAAGAUUUUUAUCAAUUAAAACUGGACCUUAACUGUGUUGUUGUGAAGAGCUGGAGUGUAAACACAGUAUUUGGAGUGCAGAAGAUUCCUACGAGGUGACACGUCCACGUGAUGAAGGAAACGUUUUGAUUCACAAACGGAGGUUUGUGUGUUCCCAGGUUCGCCUGCCUGUGUUAGAGAACUUGAAGCACUGAAUCUCAUGGACACAGUGGGCCCUAGGCUUGAGGUGGGGCUAGAUGACAGUUACGUGUUACAUUCUUUAACCCUGUACUAUGUGUGCUCAUCUUAAAUGAUUUUGUUGUUGUUGUUGUUGUCGUCCCUGUUCUCCUGGGGGUUAUUCUAAAGUUCACGUUGAGAAGUAACUCGCACCUUCCAUAUGAUGUUGAGAGAAACACUAGUGUUACGUUCUACACUAGCCCUCAUGCUCUAAUGGUGUUACAGCGUUUGCAAGAAUCCGUCUAAGUAUUUACAUUCUGUAUUUAUUAUUCACACAAGUAUUAGCAUUUCUCUAUUGAGUAAGGAGGUGUAAAAGCUGCUACUCGGUUCCCUGCAGACCACACGAGCUAACCCGGAGUAUCCUGUAAGAAGCUGCUGAUUAAAUCAGUGCUGGUUUUUACACCACUUCUGGCCAACUCAGAAUAAAUUCGAUCGUACUUUUACCAACAACCAAAACCACUUUCUAUUUCAAGUACAUCACUUUAUGCUGGCAGGAGUGAGUGGCACGGGAGUGUUGCCUUUCGGUGUGAAGAUGGAAGGCUUCCUGGGCAGCUCAGGAUAGAGAAAUGGUGUUUAGAAUUUUUAAACAUGCACAAAGGGCUACAUUUUGAUUUGAAAGUAGCUUCAUAUUAUUUUACUAUACUGGCUUUUCUUUUAAUCCUUUUCCAGUGGAACAGCUUAGAUUGAGGACACACUUGAAAUCUCCUCUACACAGUCUUUCUUCUUUACCAAGUAUACCAGAGGGUUAGUUGGGAAAACUUCAUUCUCAGGAAAAGAUUUGAAUGAUUGAUUGUGUGGCCCUUUUAUGUUUCAGUGUUGUGACAACUGUGUACACUAGUGGGGAAGACAUUGUUUAUAAGUGAGAGAGUAGUUUGUUUUCUGUCAUGGGAUAUAGAGAUGAAAUAUGUACAUUUCUCUAAGUUGUUCAGCGAGGGAACUCAUGUCUCACGUGAUGUAUUUACUUAUUUAAAAGAAGAGUGGAGUGGGAAGCCCCUGAGCUGUACUUUUCUAUUAUUAUAAAGCCUUUAGGUAUCAGUGCAUCUGGGUUUUCAACAUUUUCUCAAAUGCUGUCAAUAUUUUACUGUAAUUUAUGUUCUUAUAUUUAUGUAUAUUUGUUAAAAUGUAAAAAAAUUUUCACAGAUUUUUUUCCAAUACCUGUGCAAACUGUAUGUGUAGCUCAAACUCUUGUGAACUACUGCUUGCACGCGAGACCAGGAUAUGUAACGCCUAUGUUUUAAAUGUAUACAUACUGUGUAUAUAUAAAUAUUAAAAAUGGGGAAUUUCACAUUUUACCUUUCAGACACCAAUUUUUAUCACAAGUAGAAGGAAAUGAGCAAACAAAGACAUUCUUAGGAUAAAAUUAGUUUAAAAGUUAUAAACAAACUUAAUCAAAACCAAGUGAAUUAUAGACAAAGGAAUUUAAUAAGCAUUUUAUAUUACUAACCAUGGUCUUUCCCUAUCAAAGCGGUCUCCUUGCUGUCACCUGAGUACUGAGUAAAGAGGAGUCAGAUGCAGGACAUUGAAAGAACUAAAGAACUCUGAACUCUCCCGUCUAGUUCUUAAUCUGCACAUUCAGCACCUGAGCAGAAUAUCGAGUGUCUGAAGGUGUGAUGUGAAUAUUGCCACAAAGCUCAUUGCUCUCAGUCUAAGAUUUUACUUUAUUAAUGCAAGAGGAAUACAGAUAUAUUUCUUUAGUCUGCAGAUUUUUUAUUAUGGUGCAGCUUUUUUUAAAAUUAUGUUUUAAAAUUACACAAAUGAAAAUAUGCCAUUCCAUAAAGUUUGAAGAUUUCCAUCAACCUUACCGAAACACAAGUGUUUUCAUCGUUGGAGGUCAAAUUGCCAUGGUAACUACUCAGUUAAAUUUGCCAAAUCAUUGUCAUGGUAACCAGUGUGGCCUGUCAACUUCUGCUACUUACCACAACUUCUAAAGUUUUCCUCUCAGUUUCUCUGUUUUGUUUUAGGAGAACUAUUGUAGUUUUUAUUUGGCUGCUUAAGCCAAAGUCCCCUUCUUUGAUGUGACUCAUGGACACUGUUGGGCAAUGUGCAGUGUGUGGUGUGCUUCCUGUCCACUCCUGAGCGCUGCAGAUGAUCCGUGCUGUCAGGCUUGCUCGUUCCCGGUACGGUUAGUUCCCCUUUCAUUUGAAUAAAAGCAUGGCACCAACUGACGCUGAUUCUUCAAUAAAGUGUGUGUUGUCUUGUC